AUGCGAAUGGCGACGCGAGCUUCCGCUCGACACGAGGGAGUCGAUACUGUCAUUAAGUCACGCCUCUGGGGAUCUAUCGCAAUGUUCGAAGACUGUGCAGGUGAAUCGCGAAAGGAGGAGCCAAGUUUGGAUGAGUGGCUGUUUGAGGAGCGGCUCGCUGCUAAGGAUCUAUAUGAGUUUAAUAAUGUGAUGUGGAUUGAGUGGGAGAACGGCAUUGCCUAUCAAAAAGCACUCGGGAGAAUCGUCCGUGAUGUGUGGGAGGAUUAG